CCCAUAUUAACAGAGGAUUAAACCCUUGCGCGAUUAACCAUUCUUCUUCAUCCUUCCUCUCUGGCCGCACGCAACAGGGCCACCACCACUCUCAGCAGCAGCCAACGCCGCAUCCAGCAGUACAUCACCGCAGAGGGCAUUGGCCCCGCCGCACGCAGCAGCGCCCUUCGCCAUCCCGGGUUUCUCUCCUGUUCUGCGCAGUGAUUCUCUUGACAUAAAUGAUGCUUUUUGGCAUUGAAGAGAAGCUUUGAUUGCUUGAGAACAUUCAGCAAUGAUAAAAACUUUAAACUUACCUUGCAAGGGAUCAAAAUUUUUUCUCGGUAAGGCUGAGGGACCCCGUCCAAUAAAGACCAAGGGAGUAAAGAUGGACCUGUCAUUAACACGGCCUGAUGAUUGGCAUCUCCAUCUUCGUGAUGGUGACCUUCUUGGAGCAGUUGUUUCUCAUAGUGCCCACCAUUUUGGAAGGGCAAUUAUAAUGCCAAACCUGAAACCUCCUGUCAUGACUACAGCUGCUGCUGUCGCUUAUCGAGAAUCCAUAUUGAAAGCACUGCCCGAAAACAGUGAUUUCACUCCUCUUAUGACCCUUUACUUGACAGAUCACAUGAGUCCUAAUGAGAUCAAGCUUGCCAGAAGGAGUGGGGUGGUGUUUGCUGUGAAAUUAUAUCCUGCUGGAGCUACUACGAAUUCUCAAGAUGGUGUUACAGAUCUUUUCGGGAAAUGCCUACCUGUUUUGGAGGAGAUGGUUGAGCAGAACAUGCCAUUACUGGUCCAUGGGGAAGUAACUGAUCCAGAGGUUGACAUAUUUGAUCGCGAAAAGCUAUUCAUCGAUACCAUUUUAAGACCACUGGUCCAGAAGCUUCCACGGCUGAAAGUUGUAAUGGAGCAUGUUACUACUCUGGAUGCUGUCAGGUUUGUUGAGUCAUGCAUUGAAGGGUCGGUUGCUGCGACUGUGACGCCACAGCAUCUUCUUCUCAAUAGAAAUUCUUUAUUUCAGGGUGGAUUACAGCCACAUAACUACUGCCUUCCUGUACUGAAAAGAGAGAUUCACAGACAGGCCAUUGUAUCAGCUGUGACAAGAGGAAGCAAACAAUUUUUUCUCGGAACUGAUAGUGCUCCCCAUGAGAGACGAUGGAAAGAAUGUCCUUGUGGAUGCGCUGGAAUAUACAGUUCUCCUGUUGCCUUGUCACUAUAUGCCAUGGUAUUUGAGCAGUUUUUGGUCUGUAUCUGAGAUGGGGAGGAGGUUGAGGUGCCGGUGUGUUGGAGGGCUUCUCUGCACAGAGACAGAUGCUGUUGGAGGUCGGAGAAGAAAAGGAGCCGAAGUAGGGAUGUGUCUUCAGAAACGGCGAGAUCCUCUUAGAUGCGGGCUACGUAAGGGUUAUAAGAGGAGAGUGGAGGAGAUGAAGGGGGAAUGGCGGGAGAAUCGGGAGUUGGAUUCCUGUUGGUUUCCAACAUUUUCAUCUUGACAGCAUUGUAUCUCACCUAUCCAAGCAUGUUUGAAAUGUAAUAUAUGUGCUGUGCGAUUGAUUUCGAUUGGAAUCCUCCAAUCCAAACAGGCCCUUAGUCCGGAACUUUGUUUCUUCGAGUCUUAGUCUUCUAGUUGGCCAAUAAUGUAUUGCCUCCAUUCCUGAAGUAUCCUUCUAGCUUGUAAUGCCUAUAGAAGCUAACUGCCAGAAGCUCACCUUUUGGGUCUCACUUCCAGUUCCAGAGGCCAGGCAUUCUGUAGGAUGAUGGUUAAGAUCUCCUAAUCAGUAGAAUUCCAUUCAAUGCUUAUUCACAAGAGGGUCCACAAUUUGGAUACUCUAGACCGCGUGCAUGUGUUCAAGGAUGAGUUGCCACAAUUUUGUGAGCUAGGCAAAGGCACGCUACAAUCUAGCUUCUUCUUUUGUUUUUACCCACUUGUAAGGGACAAGAUGCUUUAAGGGCGUGUUUGGUUUUCCAAUUUCCGGUGUAAUUCAAAGUAAAUGAGCCAUUAUUAUCUUUUCAGGGUGUUUGGUUAAGGGAGAAUUAUGACACAAAAAACGAGAGUCAAAUACACAUGUAAAGUAAAUAGGUAGAGGAAAUUGUAAUCAUUCCUUUUUUACAUACCAGGCCCUUUUUUUUUGCAGUAAUGCGCCUGUAAAACAAACAAUGGUAUAAUGUAAUUAUUGUAAUCAAAUGUAAGUGAUAUCACCACACAAUUACAGGAGUAAGUAAUCAUUACCCAUUUCCAGCCAAUUACUAUUGUAAUUGGAAAACCAAACAGACCUUAAUUAAAGAAGGAAAUCGGCUGAACAUGUGAGAUGUCAUUGCGAAAAGUAAGCGCAGUGGCAUGAAGCCCACCAAGAGCGAUAGUCCUCACACCAUCUAUAUUAGGGGUUUAAAAUGGGGAUGGAAAUGGAGUGGCUGAGGCCAAGCCUACCUCCGUCUCUGUCACCCCAUUCCCAGAACCUGCUGUUUACAAGCAAUGACCGGUGGAAAAGGGUGCAUGAAAUGCUGACUUCUUCCAAAUAGGCUAUCCCUCCAUGUGGAACUAGAGUAGGCUUGAAAGAACAAAGAAAGAAACUGAAAAAGAAAGGAACAAGAAUAGAAGGUUACGCUGAAGAUGACCAGCACUAUUCCAGUGAGAUGGAUCGAGCCAACAAUGCGAUCACUCUUAUUUUCAGUAAAUUAAGGCCCUAGAUGAUAAGAUCUUGAUUGCAGUCAAACCAGUUGACAGAGCCAGUUCGAUCUUCCUCCAAUCUUUGCAAUUUGAUAUUAACUCUGACUGCACUAUUCCAGAGGGAUGGAUUGAGCCAACAAUAUGAUCAGACAAUAAUAUCUUGAUUGCAGUCAAACCUGUUGACAGAGCCAGUUUGAUCUUCCUCCAAUCUUAGCAGUGUGAUAUUAACUAUGACUAGAGAACGUCAAAUUGCAGUCGGCUUAAAUUUGAAUCGAAAUAUAAGUAAAACCAGCAGAUGUAGCGUAUAAUUUUUAGGCCCUCUAGAGCUUUGGUCACAGGUACGAGUUUCCUUCAUUUCAUCACCUUUCCAAGCCUUUAGCUGUGAAGGUGGUCUCUCUGCAUCAUGUGGAUGGUUCUGAAGUACCUAUUUGCCAGCAGAGAGCUUAGCAGGUCAUCAUCUUGUUUGGAUUUAAACUGUUCAAGCUUAUUGUCAACUUCUUGUAUCCCUUUAGAAAGUCCAUUCUUUUCAUGAGAAGCAGUCCAUCUUCAUCCCUCACCUCAGAUUAAAACACACAAAAAUCAGGAAAACCUAAAAAUCAUUAUUUUUUCUCAUUUCUUCAACUUCUAAUCCUUUCCUAAAUUAAAUCGAAUCAAACCCUUUUGAUACUUUGGAGGAAAAACCAAUUUAUUUGGGUGAAAUUAAGAUUGGAUGGGUCAUGGAUUUCGACCUCUGAUUCGAGGAUUUAAGAAAAAUGGGAGAAAUUAGUGAAAAUCUGAAAAUUUCCUCAUUUCAACCAUUUAAUUAAAUUGCAAUUAGACAAUGGAAAAAUCAAACUGGACGCUGAUCCACAGAUUCAUGGAGGUUUGGGGAUUUUUUGAAAAGAAAUGGAUGUGUCGAGCGUCUUCAGUAGUUACAACACAGUUUUUUUACUACGAGGAGUUUGCUUCCGCAUUCGGGCAAGAAUAUCCAUGGUAUGGCUGUGGGCAGAGAUGUAUACAGGAGUUUCAUACAUACCCACCUCAUAUCUAGCUCCAGAUCCAUAUCAGCUGCAGACAGUGCCGAUUACACAGUACCAUGGAUGUGCGUAUUGAUCCAGUUAAGAGAGGAUGAGUACUAGCGUUAUGUCGGAGUAUCUUCACUAGUAUCAUUGUACGAUGACUUGGGCAUAGUAAUGUCAGUUUGUGGAGAAGUAUUAUGCCAACUCGGUCGAGAUGUAGAUGAUGACUUCAGGCCGCCUUGGAACUCUAUGUGGGUCCAAGGCAUAACCUCACAUAUCACAUGCAUAUUUUUACUUCUUCUAUGGCUUUUGAAUGUAUUGCUUGUGUUUUUAUACAUAUUUUCUUAUAUUUAUAAAUGUUAUGAAUUUAUUUUGAAAAUAGUCGCAUCACUUGUAUCAGUCAAUGCACAGUUUAUGACCCUAUACAAAAAAAACUUAUUAUAUGUACUUGUUUUUUGUAAUCCAUUGAUUUCUAAGUGUGUGUUGAUGUCUUUUUUAACAUCCCUUAGAAUUUCAUUAAAAAAUUCGACCACUUUCCCAAUGUUUGCCAAAAACAACGAAAUAUUAUACGAUACAUCCGAUAUUUCCCAUGUGAUUACUGACGUGUUUCUGUAUCCCAAGAGUGAUACAUCUGUUGAUACAAAUAUGGAAAACAAUGCUUAUAAGCACCAAACAACCAAUGAAUUUACCUUUGAUUGGACAAAAUAUCAUAAAGAAGUUUUGGACACCCUGUUUGUCGAUUGCUUCUUGUUUAUAUGAAUAUACACUGGAAAGCUGAAAUUCAGGCAGCUUGUGGCAUGCUAUGCAAUGUACCUGUGCAGACGUUACAACAGCAUGCCUGAAUGCAAAAAUCAGGAGGUUCUGAUGACAAAAAGCUGUGAUGCCAAGAUGCUCUUUGCUGCAUUAAUCUCAAUUCGUUAUUCCAAGCCAGGUUCCACGGGCUUUCUGCAUUCCACCCAAUGCAGAAUGGGGUUUGUUUUAUGCCUAUACCAUACAAAGCCCUUCCGUUGUUUGUUCCAUGCCGUUUUGAUAGGGAAUAAUGGAAACUUGUGCACCAGUUACAAGCAUGAUACAUAUCUUUCUUCCCUUUUUCAAUGAUGUUGUUUUGUUAUUCAGGUGAUCUUGUUUUUAA